CUCGCCCCCGCGUUCAGCCUCAGCUUGAACAUCAACAUCAACAUGAACGUGUUUAGCACCAGAGAACCGUUUAGCGAGCUGAAUUAACCAAACAACAGCAGAGAUACCGGAUUAGGAACAAAGUCUCAUCUUUCGCAAACACCUGAGAGAGAGAGAGAGGGGAGGUUGGAGUGUGUGGAAUGGCAGGAGGAAGAAGAGGAUCAGGCCGGGCGACGUACUGUCGUUCUCCGCUGGGCAGCGAGACAGGGUCCGUUAACAACGGUAACCACUCCACCAGCUCACCUGUGACAGGCGUGAGGUCACGGACCAGAAACAGUUCAGGAACAGGGUUCACCAGCCCCCCACUCGCUGCUCAGACCGUGGUCCCGCUGAAGCACUGCAAGAUCCCCGAGCUCUCUGUGGAUCGCAACGUGAUGUUCGAGUUGCACCUCCUUUUUUGCCACCUCAUCGCACUCUUCGUGCACUACGUCAACAUCUACAAGACGGUGUGGUGGUACCCACCCUCACACCCCCCCUCACACACAUCACUGAACUUCCACCUGAUCGACUAUAACAUGCUGGUGUUCACCGUCAUCGUGUUGUCACGCCGGCUCAUCGCCGCCAUCGUCAAAGAGGCGUCUCAGAGCGGGAAGUUCCCUCACUCCGUCUUCCUGGUGACGGCUCGCUUUGCCGUUUUGACGCUCACCGGCUGGAGUCUGUGCCGCUCGCUCAUCCACCUCUUCAGGACAUACUCCGUCCUCAGCCUCCUGUUCCUCUGUUACCCAUUUGGGAUGUAUAUCCCUAUCCUCAGACCGAGCAGUGACAUGCGCCUAUCCCCCAUCGCCUCCGUCGGCUCCAAAGACACGGGGGCGGGUGUGUCCGUGUCCAUGGGGCGGGACUACUUAUCUGUCCUAAAAGAGACGUGGAAGCAGCACACAAGCCAGCUGUACGGCAUCCAGCCCAUGCCAACGCACGCCUGCUGCCUUUCGCCCGACCUCAUUCGCAAAGAGGUCGAGUUCCUUAAGAUGGACUUCAACAAGAGGAUGAAGGAGGUGCUGGUCAGCUCCAUGCUCAGCGCAUACUACGUCGCCUUUGUGCCCGUCUGGUUUGUCAAGAGCACUCAGUACGUGGAUAAGCGCUGGUCGUGCGAGCUCUUCAUCCUCGUGUUCGUCAGCACGUCAGUGAUCCUGAUGCGCCACCUGCUGCCCCCUCGAUACUGUGACUUACUACACAAAGCCGCCGCCCACCUCGGCUGCUGGCACAAAGUGGACCCCUCAGUCUGCUCAAACGUCCUCCAGCACACGUGGACAGAAGAGUUCAUGUGGCCACAGGGGGUGUUAGUGAAACACAAUAAAAACGUCUAUAAGGCUACGGGACAUUAUAACGUAGCAGUGCCUUCAGACGUCUCGCAUUAUCGCUUCUAUUUUUUUUUUAACAGGCCACUUCGAAUAUUAAACAUCCUCAUCAUCCUGGAAGGAGCGAUGAUAUUCUAUCAGCUUUACUCGCUGAUGUGUUCAGAAAAGUGGUAUCAGACGAUAUCAUUAGCGUUGAUCCUCUUCAGUAACUACUACGCCUUCUUCAAACUGCUUAGAGACAGAAUCGUGCUGGGGAAAGCAUACUCAUACUCGACCUCGUCAGACCACAAAGUCAGCUAGACGCUCGUCUCUUCCUGUUACACCAGCGUCCGAAAACAAAGAAAAAGCAUGCACCAGAGCUUUUUAUUUUUUCUAACUUUUUUUUUGUUGCCACUCUGUUUAUGUUCUGAUUUGCCAUAGAAUUAAAAAGAAAAUAUUUUUGUAUUC